AUGGAGGAUCAGACGCAUAAGCCGCAUCGCAAGAGCAAGGAGAAGAAGCAGCACUCGGGAGAUCGCAAUCCCAAGGCCUUCGCCUUUGCCAGGCCCGGCAAGCUUCAGCGACAGGCUGCCAGAUCAUCCGAUAUCAAAGAAAAGCGUCUCCAUGUUCCCCUCGUCGAUAGGCUACCGGACGAGGCGCCGCCGCGUCUCGUCGCCAUCGUCGGCCCUCCCGGCGUCGGCAAGACGACCUUACUGAAAUCACUCAUUCGACGAUAUGCCAAAGAGACCAUCUCCGACCCCCAGGGCCCCAUCACCGUCGUUACGUCGAAGAAACAGCGGCUUACCUUCAUGGAAUGCCCCAACGAACUGGAAGCCAUGGUGGACGUAGCCAAAGUCGCCGACAUCAUUCUCCUCAUGAUUGACGGCAACUAUGGCUUCGAGAUGGAGACUAUGGAGUUCCUCAACAUUCUGGCCGCUACGGGUAUGCCGGGUAACGUUUUCGGCGUCCUGACCCAUCUCGACCUGUUUCGCAAGCCUUCCGCCUUGAAGGAUGCCAAGAAGCACCUGAAGCGAAGGCUGUGGACGGAACUGUACCAGGGCGCCCAUCUCUUCUAUCUCUCCGGUGUCAUGAACGGUAGAUACCCCGAUCGUGAGAUUCACAACCUCUCUCGCUUCCUCUCUGUCAUGAAGAGCCCGCGACCUCUCGUCUGGCGAAACACCCACCCUUACACCAUCAUCGACAGCUUCCGCGAUAUCACUCACCCAACCAAGAUUGAAGAGGAUCCCAAAUGCGAUCGAUCCAUCGUCCUAUCGGGAUAUCUACGCGGCACAAACUUCGCCACCCAGGGCCAGCGAGUGCAUGUUGCUGGUUUGGGCGACUUCACCGUGUCGGCUAUGGAAGUUCUCCCCGAUCCUUGUCCUACACCAGCAAUGGAACAGGCAUUGGCCAAGAUCACAGGAAAGACUGGGCGAAGAAGACUAGACGAAAAGGAAAAGAAACUGUAUGCCCCCAUGUCUGAUCGAAGUGGCCUUAAAAUCGACGGUGAUGCCAUCUGGAUCACUAGAGAAAAGGGCUUCACUUUCGACAAGGAUGCCGAUAACGUUGAGCGUGGCGAAGGUGAAGAGAUGAUCAUUGGGCUGCAAGCCGAGCGGAAGCUACUCGGCCAGACUGAUGAUGGAGUGCAACUCUUCAGGGGCGGCCAAGAAGUCAAAGCACUGGACGAGGCACAAGAUACCGGCAGAAAAGAGCCACGAAAGGCCAGGAUGGCCGAACGGGAAGAAGGGGAGGAUGGCGAGAACGAGGACGACGAAGGCUUCGUCAGUGGCAGUGACGAAGAAGACCCCGAGGAGGAUGAAGAGUUCAACGAGGAGAAACUGGGAAGCAUGUUCCGCAGCAAAGAUGCCGAUAAGAUGGCCAACGGGGAUGACGACGUGGCCUUUGCGGACAGUGACUCAGAUCUUGGCUCCAUUACAGACCUCGACGAGAAUGAAGACGCAGAAGAUGACGAAGAGUACGAUUCUGAUGAGGAGAGUGCGGCGUUGAGAUGGAAGGAAGGCAUGGCCGAUAGAGCUAUGAAGCUCCACAGCCGGAAGCGUUCCUAUCACACCGCAGAUCUCGCUCGCUAUCUCUACGACGGCUCCAUGACCGCCAGUGAGGUCAUCAAGAAGUGGAAGGGCGAGGACUCGGAGGAGUCGGAAGAGGAGGACAUUGAACAAGACUCAGAAGACGAGGAAUUCUUCAAGAAGACAUCACAAGAAAGCGAAGAUCUGAUAGAGGACCGCUCAAUACCAGACUACGACUAUGAGGACUUGGCAGCAAAGUGGGCGUCGCAGGAGAACAUAGAGGCGCUGAAGAGGAAAUUCACGUCAGGUAGAAGAAGUGGAGGUGGAGAUGACGACGACGAUGAGGAAGGUGACUUCGGUGGUUUUGACGACGAGGACGGCGAAGGAGAAGAGGGUGGCGAGGAUAGCGAAGGCGAUGGUGAAUUCGAGGACCUGGAAGCCGAUCCGCAAUCUGCAGCCCCAAAGCAGCAGACGGCGGAAGAGAUACAAGCAGAGCGCGAAAAGAACGCCAAGAGGAAAGAGGAGCUCAAGGCCAGGUUCGAGGAAGAAGACCGAGAUGGCUUCAUGAACGACAAGGCAAAGGCUCGGCGAGAGGGAGGCGAAGAUGAGCAAGAGUUUGGCGAGGAUGACUGGUACGAUGCGCAAAAGGCCAUGAUCAAGAAGCAGCUGGACAUCAACAAGGAGGAGUUUGAGAACCUGGACGAGCGCCAGAGGGUUGCCGUCGAAGGCUACCGUGCCGGCAAGUACGCCAAGCUGGUGCUGGAGGGCGUGCCGGCCGAGUUCGUCACCCGCUUCAACUCCCGGCUGCCCAUCAUCGUUGGCGGCUUGUCGCCCACCGAGGACCGCUGGGGCUUCGUCCAGGUGCGCAUCAAGCGUCACCGUUGGCACAAGAAGAUCCUCAAGACCAAUGACCCCCUCAUCUUCUCGCUGGGCUGGCGCCGCUUCCAGACCCUACCCAUUUACAGCAUUUCCGACUCGCGGACGCGCAACCGCAUGCUCAAGUACACGCCUGAGCACAUGCACUGCUUCGCCACCGUCUAUGCGCCCCUGAUUGCGCCCAACACGGGCUUCGUGUGCUUCAACUCCUUCUCGUCCUCCACCCCGGGCUUCCGCAUCGCCGCCACCGGCACCGUCCUCUCCGUGGACGAGUCCACCGAGAUCGUCAAGAAGCUCAAGCUGACGGGAACCCCCUACAAGAUCUUCAAGAACACGGCCUUCAUCAAGGGCAUGUUCAACUCGGCCCUCGAAAUCGCAAAGUUUGAGGGCGCCUCCAUCAAGACCGUCUCCGGCAUCCGCGGCCAGAUCAAGCGUGCCCUAUCCAAGCCCGAGGGCCACUUCCGUGCCACCUUUGAGGACAAGAUCCUGGCCAGCGACAUUGUCUUCCUGCGUGCCUGGUAUCCCAUCAAGCCGCACCGCUUCUACAACCCCGUCACCAACCUCAUCGGCUGGCAGCCCAUGCGCCUCACGGGCGAGGUCCGCCGCAGCGAGGGCGUCGCCACCCCCCAGCUCAAGAACUCGCAGUACCGCAAGAUCGAGCGCCAGGACCGCCACUUCAACGGCCUGCAGGUCCCCCGUGCCCUCGCCGCCAGCCUGCCCUUCCGCUCCCAGAUCAUCGCCACGAAGCCGCAGAAGAAGAAGACGUACAUGCAGAAGCGUGCCGUCGUCCUCGGCGCCGAGGAGAAGAAGACGCGCGCCUUUUUGCAGAAAGUCGUCACCGUCCACAACGACCAGGUCGCCAAGCGCCGGGCCAAGAAGGAGGAGACCCGUGCCGCCUUCAAGAAGAAGCUGGCCGAGGGCGAAGAGAAGAGGGAGGCCAGGGAGAAGAGGGAGAGCAAGGAAUACUGGCGCAAGAACGGCCGCAAGAGGAGCGCUGGAGACGACGAGGGCGGUGGUGGCAAGAGGAGGAGGUGA